UGACAUUUCUUUUCUUGAGUACUUGUGUGUUUUGAAGAAUAAUAAAUUAUUAUAGAAAAGAAUAAGUACACAUUAAUACGAAUUGAAAUAUGGCUUCAAAUGGAGAAAUAAUUCAAUAUGUGCCGUUUACGUCGUUCGUUCACCCAUCCUUUUGGCAUGCUCUUACUGAUAUGAAACUAGACGUGGAUAGGCUAAACGAAACUACAAAACAAAUUUUCGGCCGAUUUACAUAUCGUGAUGAUAUUGGGACUGUAUUUGAAGUCGACGGAACAUCAUUCAAUAAAGAACCCACCAAUGAACAGCUGUACGAGAAUGUUACGGGAACUAUAAUGAACAAGAACACAAUAGAAGAGUUUAAGAACAUAGACAAAGCAGCAUUACUUAAUUCAAUCGGUGAAGCGAUAUGGGCUAACAUUAAGGAAAAGACAUGGAUCACAAAUCCCAGGGCCUUGUUGAAUUUUAUAAUUCUUUCCUUUGCUGAUUUGAAGAAGUUCCACUACUACUAUUGGUUUGCCUUCCCAUCACCGAGUCAGCCGACAGUCUAUCUUAAAGAGACCAAUAGCAUAUCCUUAAGCUUCAGCAACAAACAGCUUGAAGACAUUGCACAAGACUAUAAAAAAAUUGAUUCAGAUCAGAAAAACUUUUUUUUUAUUCUUAAACAAAAUGAUAAUGUUUUUAUAAAACCUUUAGCUGAAUUAUUCAAUCCGAAAUUAGAAGUACAAAAUGAUUUAAACAUUGACCUAUCAAGUCUUUAUUUUGUGUUUGCUGAUCCGAGUAAUGGAAACAAUCCAGGAUGGCCGCUGCGUUCGUUUUUAGCAGCGUUGCUUGAGCAUUGCCCGAGUCUAUGCAAGAUGGAUAUCCAGGUUAUAGGGCUGAGGUGCAGUGCUAGCGGUGCUAUUGAUAAAAGCUUGGUGUUCACGGUUUCUGUACCUGAGAAUGUGCAAGCAGUAGAGAGUGCCGGUUGGGUCGGCUGGGAAAGGAACGACCGUGGUAACUUUGGGCCCAAGCUAGCCAACAUGUCCGCGUCGAUGGACCCUGUUAAGUUGGCGGAGACAUCGUCAGACCUGAAUAUCAAGCUGAUGAAGUGGAGACUCGUGCCAGACCUAGAUGUAGACGUCAUGAAGCGCACCAAAUGCCUGCUGCUCGGCGCGGGCACGCUCGGCUGCCACGUCGCACGGGGUUUACUGGCUUGGGGUUUCCGCCACAUUACAUUCGUGGACUAUGGCAAAGUGUCGUACUCGAACCCGACGCGGCAAGUGUUGUUUACACACGAGGAUUGCCGCGCCGGCCGAGGCAAGGCCGAUGCCGCUGCCGACAAUCUGAGGAAGAUCCUGCCUUCUGUAGAAACUCGCGGCAUCGCGCUACACAUUCCAAUGCCCGGUCACCCAGUAGGCGAGUCGCUGCGCGCCGAAACAGCUGCCAACAUCAAAACCCUAACGGACGCCAUUCAAGCCCAUGACGUCGUGUUCUUACUUUUGGACACCAGGGAGGCGAGGUGGCUGCCUACGCUUAUUGGUGCUUAUUACGGGAAGAUAGUAAUAAACGCGGCGCUCGGCUUCGACAGCUACCUAGUCAUGAGGCAUGGUGCCUCAUCCUCUGAACUACAGUCAGACCCUGAACAGUCAGCCACUGAACAGUCGGCCCCUGAACAGUCGCACGCUACAUACCUGCCAGGCGCUCAGCUGGGUUGUUACUUCUGCAAUGACGUCACCGCUCCGGGCAAUUCGCUGAAGGACCGCACGCUGGACCAGCAGUGCACGGUGACGCGGCCCGGCGCCGCGGCCGUGGCCGGCGCGCUCGCCGUGGAGCUGCUCGCCGCGCUCACGCAACACCCGCUCAGGUCGGUCCCUCGCUUGUUACGUUGGCAGUCGCUGAAGGACCGCACGCUGGACCAGCAGUGCACGGUGACGCGGCCCGGCGCCGCGGCCGUGGCCGGCGCGCUCGCCGUGGAGCUGCUCGCCGCGCUCACGCAACACCCGCUCAGAGAACACGCUCCAGCCCUAUCCGACCCGACCGACGAGUCCGCCGCGCCGCCCGGCCCGCAGGGCGUGCUCGGCCCCGUGCCGCACUCCCUCCGCGGCUUCCUGCACUCGCACCGCACCCUCGCGCCCACCUGCGCCAAGUUCAACCACUGCAUAGCAUGUUCGGACUUAGUACUCGACAAAUAUAGAAUGGAGGGCGAGGAGUUCGUGUUUAAAGUACUGAAUAGUGGCAGCUAUUUGGAGGAGGUUACUGGGUUAGCAGAGUUGCAGCUGACGGCUGAAAUGACGGAUAUACUCACAUUCUCGGAUGAAGAUGAAGAAUGAACAGCUCAACAGGCACUAUAUUUUAAGCAUUAAAAAUUGUGAUUGAAAAUAAAUUAUUCCCUUUAUGCAGUUUUAUAAUAUUUAUAGCAGCUUUGUCAAGCUUUAAAAUGUACUUAUAAUGUGUUAUAAUUAUAAUGCAACGUCUCAUCAGUUGCUGCAUGCGCUGACUGUAUAUUUAUAUUAAACAAUAUUUAAAAUAAAUGUUGCAAAAUUUUA